UGAAACACGAGAUGGCGAUGAAUGCGAUGGACUUGGCGCAGAUGGAGCAGUUUUCCAGCAUGGGCGGUGCUGCACUCGGCAACUUUGCGCCCAUGAGACAUGAGUUGAACCACAUCCAGGCGCCGACACAGAAUCUCCAGAACGCACCGAUGGGUGCCUCCCAAUGGAGCAGCGAAUUUCUGGCAGCGCCUGUUGCGCAAAAUGCCUGGAAGGCGGAGUUUACGCCCGAGCAAAAUGUGCAGAACUUGCAAAAUCAAACCCCCCAACAGUACGGCCGAAACUAUAACCAGAUGGGCAUGGCCAGACCUAUGAUGGGGAUGGGGAUGGGGAUGCACAUGCAGCACAAUAUGUCUCAAAACCAGCAGAACGCAGGAAAGAUUGUGGAGUUGGACGACUCCGCAUGGGACGCAGAGUUCCAGGAGGCGGAACAGCUCUCGUCACAGCAGGAAAAGCCCGCGGAUCUCGAGGAGAUUGUCAUCGAUGACAAGUUCCAGGCCAACUUCCAGGAUGUUUGGGACAAUCUCAACUCGGAGGUGUUUUCCAAUGAGUUCCUCAACCAGCAGGCGAACGAGCCAUCCUGGGAAAAGGACUUUGCGGCGUAUGCGUCAACGCGUGCAAACUUCGGCGAGUACAAGUUUGAGAAAGAGAACCAGUUCGCACAGAUGGACGACCCGUACACUAUCGGGAUGAAGCUCAUGGAGAGCGGCGCAAAGCUCUCGGAGGCGGCGCUCGCAUUUGAGGCCGCAAUCCAGCAGAACGAGCGCCACGUAGACGCGUGGUUGCGGCUCGGGGAGGUCCAGACGCAGAACGAGAAGGAGUUGGCGGGGAUUUCGGCGUUGGAGAAGUGCUUGGAGUUAGAUCCGAAGAACCUCCCGGCGUUGAUGACGCUCGCGGUGUCGUACAUCAACGAGGGCUAUGAUAAUGCUGCGUUCGCCACGUUGGAGCGCUGGAUUGAGACCAAGUACCCGCUCAUCGCGGAAACCGCGCGUGCAGCGAAUCCGAAGAUCAACGACGAGGACCGCUACUCGUUGAACAAGCGUGUUACGGAGUUGUUCAUCCAGGCCGCGCAGGUCUCGCCUGACUUGGCAAGCAUGGAUGCAGACGUUCAGAUGGGUCUCGGUGUAUUGUUCUACGCGAACGAAGACUUUGAUAAAACCAUUGACUGUUUCAAGGCUGCGUUGCAGGUCAGCCCGGACGAUGCGUUGUUGUGGAACCGGCUCGGAGCGAGUCUUGCUAAUAGCAACCGAUCUGAGGAGGCAGUCGACGCGUAUUUCCGCGCGUUGGAGUUGAGACCCGCGUUUGUGCGCGCGCGCUAUAACCUCGGAGUCAGUUGCAUCAACAUUGGGUGUUAUAAAGAGGCUGCUCAGCACUUGUUGGGCGGUUUGAGCAUGCACGCGGUGGAGGGUGUGGAGGCGAACAACGAUAUUAAGAACCAGAGCACGAGUUUGUUGGAGACAUUGAAACGGAGUUUCAUUGCGAUGGACCGCAGGGACUUGUUGGAGAAGGUCAAGCCGAACAUGGAUUUGGAUCAAUUCAGAGGGGAGUUUGAGUUCUAGCGAAGCUGUGGAGCAGCCGCGGUGGCUGACUUCGAGGCGAAAAGCGAUUUUCGAAGAAUGGAGACUACCGUGUAGUUCUGUCACAAGGACAAGCUUAGAUUCCAGUUUAGGGACUAUACCCAAGCUAUCCCUACUUUCUCGUGGUAUUUCGAUUCCCUGGUACUCUCAGUUAUUCAAAUAUGUUUCUCGCAACCCAUGUCACUUAUCCAUUCCUGUCUUGCUGAUACCUUCCGCAUUGCCGAUCUUUAGUCGCAUAUAUAAGACCCAAAUGGAUUAAUUUUACGUAUCUUGAGUGUAUAACCUAGCGCAGUAAUACCGGCUGAAUUAGUAAUCG